UUGUGCCACGUAGGCAAAAGUAUUCAAAAAACCGAAUGGACUUUUCUUUGUUUUUAAUUUGUUUAUCUGUAAGGUCUAUUAGGCCCAGUUCGUUUUCGUGAUUUACCCUAAUUUCUCGUGCUACCUCUUACCGUCUCUGUUCUUCCUUCUUCUUCGACGAGAGUGGAGAAAUCGGCGAUUGGAUUUCUCAACGGAAAUCGUUUCAUCGCCACCACCCCAUUAAUCCAUCUCUGCACCAUGAAUUCUUCUUUAAUGGGUUCGUUUUGCCUUCAUGUAUCUCCUCCUAUUUAUAUCGGGUCAUUUCCGAAAGGAUUCAAUACUCUCAAAAAUCUCAAGAACGAUGAAUUCCAACAGCAAGACCUCUGUUUCCGGCGAUCUUACCUCCGCGAAGUUGGUCAACUCCGCCGGUGAGCCUGUGAACCGUUCCUCUGAAACCGCCGAUUCCUCUGUCGUAGCUAGGCCAAAAAGAGGCAUAACUGGUGACUCCUCCGCCAACGCUGUCGCCGGAGAAGCUAGGUACAAGAAACGCCAAGGAAAGGCCGUUGUCUCCUCUGACAAGUCCGAUGCAGUUUUGUCCUUCAGGGAUGUGGGACUCGGACCACACGAAGAUGCUGCUCAUCGACGAGCAGGGGUUUAUUCCGCCAGGGAGGAUUGACACCUAUCUGCCACACUUGGUUGCUGGUUCCAUAUACAGACUCACCAACUUCUACGGGUCUAAGAGCAAGAUUGUGUACCGUGUUGUUGAGCCAAAUGUGACCGUGACUUUCUUUUGGAACUCCGUCCUCUCUGUUUCAGCGGACAGUACGGUUGGGUUUCCUGAGGAUCGGAUCCGAUUCUAUGGGCACAAGGAAUUUGAUGAGGCCUGAGACCGUAAAGGAGACCUUUAUGGUUCUUAAUCCAUAUAAUUGUGUAAACAGAUUGGUUUUGAUUAUGUUAUGAUGAAAUAUUGCUUGGUUGUGUCUGAUCUUUGCAAUUUUGGCUGUUAGUCUAGAGAGUAUUAAACGUUUUAAGGCUGGUUGAUCUUGACCCGAGAAAAUAUGUAUCUUCAGUUUGGUUUUCAACGUUUUAAGGCUGUAAUAUUGCGUUGGCUUGGAUGAUCUCAUGUUUCUAUCUCAUGUCUUUCACUGUCACCAAGGUACUGCACCCUGAGGCUCUGGACCCUGAAGGCAUCUUGGAUGGCAACUUGGAUGAGGAAGCUGAAGAUGGAAAGGGAAAUCUGCUGAUGAGAAAGUGAAGAAGAGUUCUGAUGUUGUUGAGUCAGCAGAAGUCUAACGGGACAAUUGUGGCUGAAAUUUCUUAUCUCUGUUUUUUGGUUUUAUUAAAGACUAUGCAUUGUUACUUUCCUUUCUAGACUCUGUUUUUGCGGAUUAGAACCAUUUCGGUAUUACUAUCUAUUGGUUCACUUAUCUUUUUUUUUUAAAUCUACAUUGUUUUGGUAGUA